AUGAAGGUGGACGACCUCUGGUUCGACGAUGGCAAUGUCAUCAUCCAGGCGGAAGGGACGCGAUUCCGAGUGCAUCGCUCUAUACUUGCCGCACGCUCUACCUUCUUCGCCGAUCUUUUCUGCCUUCCACAGCCACCCUCGGGCUCUACCUCGGAAGACUUGCCUGUCGUUGAGCUCCAUGAUAAAGCAAGUGAGGUUGCUUAUUUUUUGCGCGCCAUAUUUGACUCGGGAUUCUUUGAGAGUCCAGUUGGUCCGAAGACCAAGCUACCUAUCCGCCAGAUAGUCUCAGUCUUGCGCCUAGCCCACAAAUACGACGUGCCGUAUCUGCGUCGGCGCGCUCUUCUCCACGCAUCGACAAUCUAUCCACGCAGCUUCGAAGGCGCCAGAUCGACAGUGGGAAUACCACCCUGCGUCCACUUUGCCAUUGCCGACGUUGCCAUGGAGGUCGGUGCCCAGUGGCUACUUGCCGUCGCCCUCGAAUGCUGCACGCGCAUGGGUCCCGAGUGCAUACUCGACGGCCAUAUCAGCCCAAAGUACGACAACAUGCACCUUCAUCUCUCAGAACUCGCCCGGGAAAAGUGCUUGCGCGCCGUCCGAGAUAUGGACCAGCAGGCGAACCAGCGCAUCGUCGACAUGUUCUUGACGCCGGUUGCCACCUGCACCAGUCGCGCUGCGUGCAUGAUCAAGAGGAACUCGAUCGCCAUCGCCCUCCUUCGAAAAAAUCAAGCCAUAUUCGUUCACCACAUGCCUCAGGCUCGAUGGGACGACUUGGAAAGAGUACUUUGCGAUAGCUGCUUCUUGCAUGUCCAACAGGCCGACCUGUCGUGGGGAUCUGCGUACUGGGCGGAGAUGCCUGAGAGGUUUGGCUUGCCGCCGUGGUCGGAGCUUCACGCACGUCGGAAGGAGGAUCUUGGCUUGGAGUCUUAG